AUGGUUUCCCUUCAAGCUGCCUUCGUCGGGGCCCUAGCCGCCCUCGCCCUCGCUCUCACUCUCGCCUUUGCCCCUGCCCCCACCACGCUCAUCGUCGACGCUCUCUCGGUCUACAUCGCGACCACAGGCGUUUACCGCCUCUUCUUCCACCCGCUGGCCAAAUUCCCCGGCCCUCACCUCGCCGCCGUCUCCCCAUCUGGCGCUACUAUCAUUGGUGAUCUUUCUGGCCGCUACGCGUUCACAGUUGAGGAUGCCUUGCGCAAGUAUGGCAACGUGGUGCGCAUCGCGCCCAACGAGCUUGUCUUCAUGAACCACCAGGCCUUUAUCGACAUCUACGGCGCGCAGCAUAACGGUCGCGGAAGAUUCCUCAAGACUACCACAGUCUGGGGCACAGAUCUUCUCGGGCAUGCUUCUGUUGCCGAUAAGCUCUUGUUCAAGUUUCGCGGUGCCUUGACCAAUUACGAGCUCAUAGUCUGGACACAGGCCGAUGCCAUCUUCGACUAUAUUUAUGCUCGGUCUAGAUAUGAAGAGCCUGAGACUGUCUUACCCCUUCUCGAGUUCAUCAACUGGUUUGCCAUGGACGUGGCGGUGAAACUGACAUGUCACGAUAACCACGCCUUCAUGACAUCGUUCGACCUUGCCCAUGCUUGGAACGCGUUGGCCCCGAUUUUCCAGUUGUUCGGGUGCAUCCCUCUCCUGCGGUCCCUUCUGUCCCUCGUGCCGGCGCUUCUGGAAAAGUUAGGCUCAUUCGGGUUCUUCGUGGGUGAGGCAUCGGCAGGAAGCUUGCAGUGGCUUGCGCGGCGGCCCAAGCUGUUUCGUUUGGUCCAGACCAUAAUGGCUAAGGGGAACUGGAGCAGCUUUGUGCUGGUGCCCGGUAUCGAUAUCGAGGGGGAGCGCCGGCUGGUGCUGGCGUCCUUCAGCCCAAUGGCCGACUGGCUCUACUUCACCAUCGUCCACCUUCUUCAGAACCCCGUCUGGUGCACUCUUCUAGAAGAAGAGAUAAGACCCGCCUUCCCCCCCAAAUUGAGCAUGGAGUUCGGUGCCCAGCUCGAGGGUCUGCCCAUUCUUGACGCCCGUCUCCUGGAGUCGCUUCGUCUAAUGGCCAGAUAUAUCAAUGGCAUGCCUCGCAUCAGCCCGGGUACCGUGAUUGAUGGUUGCUUUGUGCCGAAAGGAGUCAUCGUGCAAACCAGUGUCUUCGCCCUGGCCCGCAACCUGCGCUACUUCAACGAGCCGCUGCAGUACCGGCCCGAGAGAUGGCUCGGGCCGUACGACCACGGCCUGCGCAACUGCAUGGGCGAGGACGUCGCCUGGAUGCAGGCUAAGUUUUUUGUGGCUAACAUGAUGCGGUGGAUGAAUAUCUCUCUGCCUGAGGGCCAGGCCACUCCUGACUUGGAGCGUCUCUCGCAGUAUGGAUCCUGGGAAAAGCCAGAGAUCAUGGUGAAAUUUGAUCGUGUCCCGCAGGAUGGCGAUUCCGAAAGAUGGGGAUUCCGAAGGAUAGUGAUUGAGGCGGGAAGGUGGGAAGAGUUUGGGUGGAGGACUUAG